UGCUUCGGUUUACUGAGAGCUUAAGUGAGAUCUGUGGAGAAUUAGCAUAAUUCCGCUCUGAGAUGCGUUUCCUGGCCUACGUGGUUAUGAGCAUUCAGCUAAUCGCUGGAUUUCAGUGUCAAAGCUUGCCUGCCAAAGUUAAAAAAUGCCAUUACGGUGACGGAAAGUGCCUUGUGGAGUCGGCCAAUGCCUUGCUGAGAAACUACCCAAAGGGUAUACCCGAGGUCAAUCUGAAGCCCUUUAAUGUGUUACCCGUGAGAGAUUGGUUGCUGGUCAACGAUUCCCAGGUGGGUGGUGCCUGGUACUUCUUCGAGCUGCUCAACCAGAUGAACUACGGCUUCGAGAACACCACCAUUACGGAGAUCAGGGGAUUCGACAAGGAUCCUACUGCCACCAAGAUCGAAAUUCAUGGGAAAAUUCCCCGGCUGGUUUACAAGGGCGACUAUUUGGCCAAAGGUCGGAUGCUCUGGUUCGUGGAUAUAAACUCUCAGGGAACCUCCGAGUCGGACUUCCUCAAUUUCCGAUUUGAUCUUACGUUAAAAGUGCGCAUCGAGUACCGAAACAACAGGCGAUAUCUAAAGAUCUACGAACUAGUUCCGAAUAUAAGGCUGGAUCGCUGGAUAAUGUGGCUGGACAACUUUUUUCCAGACAACGAAGACCUGACCAUAGCUAUCAACAACCUGUUUAAUAGAAAUUGGGUGGAGUUCUGGAACGAACUGGAGCCGGGAAUUCUGAAACUGUUUGAAACCGUAUUUCUAAGUCUGUUCGAGGAUUUGUUCGAGGCAGUACCUUACGAUGAUCUGUUCCUAGCAGAUGAAGACUCCAAAUAGACUUUAGCUUUACUUAAAUUUAUUUGAUAGUGUAAAUAAAAUAG